AUUCAUCAAGUACCUCUCAUACAUGUCUAUAUAAUAAACCCCACAUUUCCAUUUCUCCAGUCAUUCCAACCUUUAGAUUUCAGAAAUUUCAGUUCAGAAAUUUCUCUAAAAAAAAUGUAUGAUCAUCCAAUCAACCAAGCCAAUGAAAAUAACCCAUUUGGUGAUUUCACAACAGAAGAAUUCUACAAAAAGCACAAGAUUCUCCACCACCAAUCUUUCAUGCUAAACAAAAAGAAAAUGAAAAUCUUUACUCAAUCCUGGGUUCUUGAUUCCACUAACCCUAAAGGUUUAGUAGCCAUGAUUCAUGGUUACUCUUCUGAAAGUAGCUGGGUCAAUGAACUUACUGCAAUUGCCAUAGCCAAAUUAGGGUUUCUGGUUUUUGCUCUUGAUCUUCAAGGACAUGGCCGGUCCGACGGCUUACCGGGUCACAUCCCAAAUAUUCAGUACCUCGUCAAUGAUUGUAUUCAGUAUUUUGACUCUGUCAAAGCAGAAUAUCCAAAGGUUCCUGCGUUUCUAUAUGGAGAAUCAUUAGGAGCUAAAUUUAAACCAAUUUGGCCAUUAGAGAAAUUACUUCCUGUUGCUGCUCUAUUUGCACCAAGUUGGAAAGGUGUUGUCUCAAAGUCUGUGGGUAGUAAAUCUUAUAAAGAGGAAUGGAAGAGAAAGCUAAUGGCGAAAAACCCUAAUCGUAGGCCGACAGGGAAACCACCGGCGGCGACUGCAUUGGAGCUUCUAAGGGUUUGUGAGUUUAUAAGAAAUCAUUGUCAUGAACUAGACGUUCCCUUAUUGAUUGUGCAUGGAGGAGAUGACAUGGUGUGUGACUUUGAUUCAGCUAGGUUUGUGUAUGAGUCAGCUACCAGCAAGGAUAAGACAUUGAAGAUCUUUCCUGGUAUGUGGCAUGUUUUGAUUGGUGAACCCAAAGAAAAUGUUCAAGUUGUGUUUGAUACCAUCUUAUCUUGGCUUGAAAACCAUGACACUAGAACAAGCCAUAAAGGAAGUAAUUAAUUAUGUCGGUAGCACGAUUAAAAUAAUGAGAUUGACUUACCUAAAUUGGCUUGAUGUUAAUAAUAAUUAUUUGUGAUAUAUUUAAGCAUAAAAUAAUAUAAGAUAUUUAUAGUAAUUUGUUAA